AUGCAGCUAUCUAACCAAUCUAGCAUUGCCUCGAAGGGGACCUCCUCACGACAAGACACCAGAAGCAACCGAGCAGCGUGGACCAGAACAGAACCUCUCAGGUUCUGCCGCUGCGGCCUGGAGUUCUGUUCAGAAGCGUGCUUCGUAUCUGCAUGGCAUUCGGAGCACCAGCUAGCAUGCCCACAGGCUGCUCAGAUCAAGGAGGAUCUGGAGGCACGGAAGAACAGCGGCCUAGGGGAGCGGAGCACUACGGGUCAGCUUGUGGCCGUGGCUCUCUCCAGGACACGCCCGGCAGACUUCGGCGGACAGCUGCAGGUGCCGAGCGCGGAGACCAAGGGCGUGGACGACUCAGCCAAGAGUGGAGGCAGCUCCCCAGCUGCUGAAAAGGAUGCCCGUGGUACCACUGCGAAAACGAAGGACUUGCUUGCAGGUAUCCAGAGAUGGAGACGCGAAAGCCAAGCGAACUUCCAGACUGUCGGAGAUCCCAUUGGCAACGGCUCUUAUGGGCAGGUCACCAGGGUCCGCCACAAGGACACCGGUGAGAUCUUUGCGAUGAAAGCAGUCCCCAAGCAGAAGAUCCGAGAUCAAGGCAUGCUAGCUUACCUCAUGCGCGAAAUUCGGACGCAGAUGCAACUCACCCACCCAUGCAUUGUGCAGUUGCACUACUACUUCGAAGAUGAGCACCAUGUGCUUCUUUUGCUGGAGUAUGCCAACGGUGGCUCCCUUUUCUCUCUUCUAAGGCAACAUGGCCAGCUACCUGAAGCUGAAGCGGCGAGGUACUAUGUUGAUGUGGCCCGUGCUCUCAUGCACUUGCACAAGCAUGGGAUUGUGCACAGGGACUUAAAGCCGGAGAACAUCCUCAUGUGUGGCGACCCUCCGACAAAGGCCAAGCUUGCGGACUUCGGUUGGUGCGCAGAGCUCGAGAAAGGCGGCGCGCCGCGGAACACAUUCUGCGGUACGUGGGACUACCUCUCCCCGGAGAUGGUGGAGAACCAGCCUCACAACAACAAAGUCGACAUCUGGGCCACAGGUGUUCUCCUGUUCGAGAUGCUGACCGGCAGAGCUCCGUUUUCCGCACCAAGUCCAGCCAAGGCCACGGAUCGCAUUCGCAAAGUGGAUCUGCAGGUGCCUGGUUACGUGCCGCCACUGGCCGCAGACUUGAUGCAAAAGCUCUUGGUUCGUGAGCCUGCGAAGCGAAUCGGGCUGUCGGACGCUCUGAAGCACAAUUGGAUUGCCCUCCAAGUGCCUGGUACAUCCCUGGAGCUGACCAAGUCCACCGCCGAUGUUGGCGUUGCGAAGCAGCUGGAGCUUGCUGCGAGGCCGCCGACUCCGAACAAGGUUGUGCAGCCGCUAGCUCCACCUGCUGCCACAAAGGAGGUCACGGUCGACAGGGGACCCGGGCCAAGCUCCUAUGCGGAGGCCGUGCCAGAGAGCAGCCCAAACACGGCAUCCCCAGCAUCGACGCUCUCAGUGGCACCUGCUGGAGUUCGGCAUCGAGGCUAUUCCGAUGGGGACGGCAGCUUGGCGCCAUCGUGA